UCAGAGACCCGGAAGAAGACUGUACUGGUGUCACAAGAGCCCAGCUGAUACUUCUUCAUAUCAAAAAGCGAGCACAAUAAGCUUCCAGAACUUGUGCUCCUGCUAUCUAACAGCGGAUUUAGUCGUUGUUUGUUGGUCUGUGUCUGUUUCGUGUCACAGCGUCGCCAUCAUGAACGUGACGCUCGCGGUGAAGCAGUACAUCUCCAAGAUGAUCGAGAGCAGCGGGACCGGAAUGAAGGUUCUGCUCAUGGACAAAGAGACGACCAGCAUAGUCAGCGUGGUGUACACCCAGUCUGAGAUCCUGCAGAAGGAAGUUUACCUGUUCGAACGGAUUGACUCUCAGAACAGAGACAGCAUGAAGCACCUGAAGGCCAUCUGCUUCCUUCGUCCAACUAAGGAAAAUGUGCAGCAUCUAAUUCAGGAACUGAGAAGACCAAAGUACAGUGUCUACUUCAUAUACUUCAGUAAUGUGAUCAGUAAGAGUGAGAUCAAAGCUCUGGCUGAGGCAGACGAACAGGAGGUGGUGGCUGAAGUCCAGGAGUUUUAUGGAGACUUCAUCGCUGUGAAUCCUCACCUGUUUUCCCUAAACCUGCAGGGUGUCUCUCGGGGUCGGAGCUGGGAACCCUCCAUGUUGUCCCGCUGCACUCAGGGUUUGACCUCCGUCCUGCUCGCCCUGAAGAAAUGUCCGAUGAUCCGCUACCAGCUGUCCUCUGACAUGGCCAGACGUCUUGCAGAAAGUGUCAAGCAAAUCAUCACUAAGGAGUAUGAGCUGUUUGACUUCAGGAAGACUGAAGUUCCUCCUCUGCUGUUGAUCCUUGACCGCAGCGACGACGCCAUCACGCCUCUGCUCAACCAGUGGACGUAUCAGGCGAUGGUCCACGAGCUGCUCGGUCUGAACAACAACCGCAUCGACCUUUCCAGAGUCCCAGGAAUCAGCAAAGACCUGAGGGAGGUGGUGCUGUCAGCGGAAAAUGAUGAGUUUUAUGCUAACAACCUCUACCUGAAUUUUGGGGAAAUUGGCACCAACAUUAAAAACUUGAUGGAAGAUUUCCAGAAGAAGAAACCUAAAGGACAGCAGAAGCUGGAGUCCAUUGCUGACAUGAAGGCGUUUGUGGAUAACUACCCCCAAUUUAAGAAGAUGUCAGGAACCGUUUCCAAGCAUGUGACGGUGGUGGGGGAGCUGUCCCGGCUGGUGGCAGAGCGGCAGCUAAUGGAGGUGUCAGAGGUGGAGCAGGAGCUGGCCUGUCAGAAUGAUCACUCUAGCGCUCAGCAGAAUGUACGAAGGCUGCUGCAGAAUCCUCGUGUCUCAGAGCUGGACGCCGUCCGUCUCGUCAUGCUCUAUGCUUUGAGAUAUGAGCGCCACAGCAGCAGCAUCCUGACAUCUUUAAUAGAGGAGCUGAGCAGGAGGGGAGUGUCUGAACGCUACCGCAGGAUGGUUCAGUCGGUUGUGGAGUACGGUGGGAAGAGAAUCAGAGGAAGUGACCUCAUCACACCCACAGAUGCUGUUGCUAUCACCAAACAGUUCUUCAAAGGACUUAAGGGUGUAGAAAACGUGUAUACACAACAUCAGCCUCUGCUGCAUGAAACUCUGGAUCAGCUGAUUAAAGGUCGACUCAAAGACAGUCAGUUCCCAUACCUGGGGGCCAGCAGCCUCAGAGACAGGCCUCAAGACAUUAUGGUGUUCCUGAUCGGUGGAGCCACAUAUGAAGAAGCUUUGACUGUUUACAACCUGAACCGUAAUACCCCCGGGGUUCGGAUCGUCCUGGGAGGAAGUGCAAUCCACAACACUAAGAGUUUCCUAGAAGAGGUGAUGUUGGCGACGGGUCACAGUGGCGAUAGAGCGCAGGGAAGUGCUCGCCAUUCCACCAGGCGAUGAACAUUGGCUCAACAACCUCUUGUUGAAUAAACUGCAUCAUUCCCUCCAGUU